AUGGCGCCGGCAAAACACCAUCAAGAUGCCACUCGCGCUGAGCGUAAAGCGAAGAAGCGCAAACUUCAAGAUGCGAUUCCUGAUUUACCGGAAGAAAAAGACCAAGAUUCACUAGACAACGUCGGGACAGGGGAAUUGAUGGACAAGAAGGUGAAGAAGAGGAAGCGGGAUUUGGCGGCUGAUACGGGCACUACAGAUGGUACGGAGGGUGAGGAGGAUAAGAGGGCUCGAAAGAAAGAGAAGCGCAAGAAGAAAUCGCAAGAGGUAGAUGAGCCGAUUCAGGAAGAAAAUCCCGUUGAGAGUGUCACCGAUGAAGCGCCUAGGAAAUCCAAGAAAGAGAGAAAGGCGGAGAGGAAAGCCAAAGAAGCCGCAGAGGCCCUCAAGACAGCCGCAGAUCCUGAGGCGACUAGUAAAGACCACCCUAAUGCUGAAGAGAAUACCGUGAAAACAGACACUGCGGCGAAAAAGAACAAUCGCAACCGUGAAAAGCAAAGGAAAAGCGCAAACAAGACGCCUCUCAAUGGCGAGGAGGAGAAACCGAAGACGCCAGCCAAAUUCAUAGUUUUCAUCGGUAAUCUUCCAUUUUCUGCAACCAAAGCGUCAAUAACCUCCCACUUUGCGAGCGUAAAACCCAAGUCCGUCCGCGCAUUGACACAAAAGGACGAUCCUACAAAAUCCAAAGGCUGCGCAUUCGUGGAGUUCGAGGGAUAUGAUCACAUGAAGACUUGUUUGAAGUUGUUUCAUCAUAGUGUAUUCGAUGAUGGGAUUAGUCCUGCGAGGAAGAUUAAUGUGGAAUUAACUGCAGGCGGGGGUGGUAAUACGAAAGAUAGACGCAACAAGAUUCAGGACAAGAAUACUAAACUUAAUGAGGAGAGGGUUAGGAGGUUACAAGAAGAAGAGAAGGCGAAGUGGGAAAAGAGGGCAAAUCAGCCGGCUCAGCCAUUGGAUGAAAAUGGAAUACAUCCAAGUAGGAGAGGGAUUGUACCAAAAGGCUAG